AGUUUUCUGUGCAAACUAUUAUCAACAUUGAUUUUGCUUCUCUUUUUAAACAAAGGCAAAUCUGCCUUUAAAGCUUCUUAUUUUGGAUAUUUGAAUGGUUGAGACACAACUGAUCUAACUAAAUUGGAGUAACUACUCUUGCUUAAUAACAUAACUACCAUGCUAACUUGGACCAUGUUUAACACAGACCAACGUUCUUUGCAAGAACCCAACAGGCAUUUGGUGUUUGCCUUGGGCUGCCAUCUCCCUUGUGUCCAUCCCUGAUACAAAGAACCAGCUUCUGCUCAGGAAUAUGAAAAGUGUGAACCCCUCUACCAUAACAGCACAAAACUGGGGUUCCAAUGCAGUGGAUUGACAGCAUUUGCUACAAGUCACUAUACAAUGGAUGGAAGGGCAGACUCAUUGGUGAUGACUGUGCACUUACUUGCCAAAUGUGGACACGCCUUACCCUUGCAGCAAGCCCUCAAUCAGCUUCAAGAAUGGAUCUGCCUGGACGUGCGCCUCUUCCUUGUGUCGGAACGCACUUCUCCCAUUAAGUAUUAUGAGACAUACCGCCAGAGGAGCUCCAGGUUCCCUGGGACGUCUGUCCUACUUUUCCUGCAUGAGGACUUGGGGGAAGAGCGGAUUUUCCAAGUCCACGACUUUUUCCAGCGCCCGCCGUGGCAGCGAGUCCACCUGGAGAUUGCCAGCAGGAAGCUGUCCCCCCAUGCCCUUGACGAGCAGGACUUCUAUGGGCUGGACGAGCACAUGCCCGUGUGGGGACUGAGGCAAGUUCAUUACGGCACGGAAAUCCUGCGUGUUACGCUCUACUGUAGCUUUGAUAACUACGCCGAUGCAGUGAGGCUCUACGAGACGAUCCUGCAGAAGGAGGCAACCGUGCAGAAAAGCAGCUUCUGUGCCUUCGUACUGUAUGUGACGGAGAGCAUUGCGGUCCAGCUCUGCUUGAAGCAGCUGCCUCUGGGAAUAUGCGUUGACUCGAAGGAGUCUUCAGUGUUGCAGUUCAAGGUGCAUGAAAUCGGACAGCUGGUGCCACUUCUGCCUAAUCCCUGCAUUCCUAUCAGCAGCACUAGGUGGCAAACCGAAGACUACGAAGGGAACAAGAUCUUGUUUCAGGUUCAAGGCAGCUCAAAGCACACUGGGAAUCAAGACUCCUCUUCCAGUUUGCACAACCAUGAACACGAGGAAGGGCCCCCUCACUACCCCUGCAGUCCAUCUCCAUUGGCCAUAAGAAAAAUUGCAGUACAGCCCAAAAACCGGACAGUUCGAGCCAUGAAGAAUAAAAGCAAAUCCUCACGAGAAGUUGCAUAUGCUCCGGGAAGUAUUUGCAGUCGCUCGCCAAGCAACUUUUGCUCUUCAUCCCAGUCAUAUAGUCCAGCAGGUUCUUCUCUCCAGGGCUUAGGCCCUUCUCAAACGAACUUGGCCACUAAAUUGAGACAUUCCAGUCAUGAACUCUGGCCUUGUCAAAGGGAGGAGGAGACUAAUGUUGACACAGGCAACAAAGUGAUCUUUUCCGAAUGCAGUGAUUCGCCACUAAAUAGAUUUUCACAAGACAUACAGAAAGCACUUCUUCAGUCUCAGGCAUCCUGCUGUUUGUUAACGGGAUCAGGCUCCACGAUCAGCUUGCACUCUGAGGGCAGAAACAAUCUGUUGUCAUCACAUAUCGCCAAGACGAAUAAAGGGUCAGGACGGGUGCCAUCAAGUUGUCCCUUGGGAGCAUCCAAAACAAGCCAUGGAAAUGGAAAGGAUGAGGAAGAAGAAUUCUUUAUAUGACUUCUUAAGUAUAAAUCUUGUUCUAGAUUUUAUUUUAAGUGCCUUACUUCUGAAAUAACACUAAAGAACAAUCUGUAUGCUGCACAACGACUCUGUCCUUGUGUAGAUACCCCAGCUGCCUAUACUACCUUUUAUGUUAGUGUUAAAAAAGAAAGGCUAAACGUAGUUUGCAAGAGAACAAAUAAGGUUAUGGACUAGUGACUAAUGCUAGGAGUUUAGAAAGAAGAGGAGGACUGUGAGAGAGGUUUCACACACUGGAGGAUUACUGUGCAAUAGAUUGAAACAAGCCAUUCAUUUCAGUGCUCCACAAGCUCACUAGAAUUCAUUAGCAACCUGGGAGAGAUAAACAUUUUCUGCUUCUAUGAGCUUUCAGCAUCCCUGUGCUGCCACCAGUUGGUGGCACAAUAUUUCCACAUUCUAGAGAGAUGCGCUUAGCAAUGCAGAAGAACUUCACACUCAUGUGACCAGAGAUCUGAAUUCAUACAACAGCAUCUCAUUUGAGAGUCUCUGGGGAGCUGAACGGCUCUGUUCCUAAUAGUUUGUAUUUGGCUCCUCUCUGUGAGGGAGCAGCACACUUUGUGAUUAUGACUUUGUGCUAGGAGCCUUCCAGUCAUCGUGAUGCUGCAGUUUGCUAACGUAUGAAUUUUACUUGUUUGGCAGUUUGCGAAGUAUAUAAACUUCAUGUCACACAAUGUGAACUGAACGCUUUGGCUUUAGAGCCAGGAUUGCUGGGUAACAGAUUUAAGUGGCCUAGCCUGUGAAAUCCCCUUUCCCUUGUGUGUGCUUAGUCCCUGUUAAAAUCUGAAUGUAUGGGGCUUCUUUCUAGGAGAUCUCUUUGUUUUUUAUUAUACUUGGUAGUGUCCUACAGCUGAUUUCUUGCAUCGCAUGGUGACUAUAGAGAUAGAAUAGACUCACCGGUCUGAGUUUGCGGAUAUUCCUCUUGAUGGGGCUGCCCCCAUUUCCUCUCUCCCCUCCCCAUUGCCCCUUACACAAGCUGUUCAAAACUGCUCUCCUGCUUAUCUCCUGGAGUAUAUAUCCCUGUGUCAUCUUUUUGGUUCCCCCAUGAAUGCUAGGAAGCACAAUGUCACUCUAUGAUAUUACUCCAGCUACUGAAUGAAUCCUGACUGAGCCAAAGGUUUGCUUCUUCUUUUUCUGGCUUCACAAAUGAUACUUUAUAGGCAGAUCUAGAGUGCAGGGAAAUGGAUACCAGUCUCAUUGAAUGUGUUUUGACCCUAUCACAUUUCCAGCAUGUGUGCCAGAGGAGGAGUUGAAUGGGAUAUGCUCUGUGGAAGUGAAGCCUUGCCUCAGGAACAUUAAGGUAUGCCAGUAUAUGAGUGUGUAGAAAAUCAUGACACGAAUGGGUAGGUUGUAUUGGAUCUGCCUGGCUGGGGUAGGGAUUUGCACACCCAACCCUUUGGGUAGGUACCAGCGUUGGCUGUUUAUAAACAACUGGCGGCUUUGGAGACCUCCACAGCAUGACUGGGGAAGGAUGUCUGUCUGAAAUGUUAACAAGCUGCUGCCAGCUGGGUAGGUGAUACUGAGCCACAAUUCGGUAUUAGUGCCCAGGCAGCUUGCUUACAACAGCGACCUGAGCAAACGUGUUUUUCUCUGUCUAAUUAUGCAAUAAUUCUUGGCAUUGUUUUCAUAGCGUUCCCCAGCUGUGCCACAUUAAAAAAUAAUAAUGCAUUGUUGUCAUGUA